ACUCUUUUUAUUCGCAGCAGAGCGGCAUGCAGGACUCCUGCUCAAACUGUCAUCUGGAUGCUAGAAGCACAGGCACUCCUGGAGAUCUCUGUUGCAGGGGAAAGGGAAGCUCGGAGGCAUCCCCUAGUCCAGCCACAGUCUGUGGGAGGCCAAAUCUUCCAGCAGUUUGAUGUAUAACAUGUAGGAUGCUCCCUCUUUCAAGAAUCAAGCGGCAGCCUUUUUUCUGGCCAGUGAAUGCAGAACCACCUCCCUGGAUUUGUGUGAUCCCAGAUACACCUGGCGUUUUCCGGAUAGGUGCCGUGCCCCCUCCUUUUGUCCUUUCUCACCCAUCUCCUUUGCUACAGGGGGUACCUGCAUGGCAAGUUGCCUGUGAUCCUUUCCUGCCUUUGAUGUCUAUGCCCUCUGCACCAGAUCCUGCUGUGCAUCAGUUCCAUCUGGCAAGCGGGCAGUGGGUAGGCGCUCCUUCUCCUGCUUUUGGAUUUUCCCCAACGUCAAGAGUCGAGCUGAUUCCACUUUACCCCCAUGUGUACGCCUCUGGUGUUCCUCCGCAUCCUGGGAAGCGCUGGGUCGAAAAGAAAAUGCCUCGUUGCAAGAUUUUCUUCAAUAACUCCUUUGCCCUGGAGUCUUCAUGGAUGCACCAGCCUGAGGAACUGAUAGUAAUUCAAGGGCUUGAAAAACCUAAUCAAAGGGCAAGUCAAAUGACUAUGGCUGUAUCAAAGCCUUCUACUCCUUCCAGGCCCCUCCGUACAGUCAUAUUAUCACCUCAAAGAAUGUCAGGCCUUUGCCAGAGUGGCAUCAUUAAGCCAAUUUCCAGCAAUCAAGCUCUUGCGAUCGUUGGCACAGUCACUGCAGCUCCAGCAGCGUUAAUAGGUGUCAAUUCAGAGCCAACCCAGGAACUGUCUUCUGCAACUGUUCCACCUUGUCAGAUGCUGACGCCUAUUAAGAUGCCAUUUAUAGCUUCGCAUUUGGCAGGUGGUCCUUCAAGAAUCGCGGCUCAUGUUGCUCCAUUGCGGCCAUCUCAGUUGGCCAGACUGACCACUGCCCCGGCCUUGACCUUCAUGACAACACGCUUAAUGGAUGAAGCACCAAAUGAUAAGAACAAAGAUGCAAACAGCGCUUCUUGCUCAGCAGCAUUAAUUUUGCAUUCUGAAAAGAAAAAUAAGCCAUCAAAGAUGGAUGAAAAGGACAGUUCUAUAAAGAUACCAAGUGAAGAGGAAUGCACCAACAUUGGAAAUAAGCCAGUGGCUUCCAGACCAGUGCCCGGGUCACCGUGGUGUGUGGUUUGGACUGGAGAUGACAAAGUGUUUUUUUUCAACCCAACGAUCCAGCUCUCUGUAUGGGACAAACCCAUUGACUUAAAGAACCGGAUCGAUAUAAACCGAAUAAUUGAGGAUCCGCCCCACAAACGCAAACUGGAUACAUCUACAAAUGACAAAAAAGGUGGGUUUGUUCCAGAAGAUGUUAGCGAUGACCACAGUACAAAAACCAAACGAAAUAAAACUGAAGAUCUUCGUAUUAAUGAAGAAGAGGAAGCCGACCCUGAAGAGAAGAAAGAGAAAACGAGUUCUCUGGAAUUAUUGCCCCCUUUGGAGGAACGCAUGACGUGCUUCAGAAGUAUGCUACUCGAGAGAGGGGUUUCAGCAUUCUCGACAUGGGAAAAGGAGUUGCAUAAAAUCGUAUUCGACCCUCGUUACCUUUUAUUGAACUCAGAAGAACGAAAGCAGGUAUUUGAACAAUUUGUAAAGACCCGGAUUAAGGAGGAAUACAAAGAAAAGAGGAGUAAACUAAUGGUUGCCAAAGAAGAAUUUAAAAAGCUUCUAGAAGAAUCAAAACUGACUCCAAGGACUGCGUUUAAAGAAUUCGCAGAACGCUACGGAAGGGAUCAACGUUUUCGUGCCGUCCAAAAGAAAAAAGACCAGGAACAUUUUUUUAAUCAGUUUAUCAACGUGCUGAAAAAGAGGGACAAAGAAAACAGACUGAGGUUGCGGAAAAUGAGAUAAAACACGUGCAAUAACCUACGUCUCUCCGAUAUUGCAACUGCCGAAUAAAGGGAAAAUAGGACAUCUGUUCUUCAUAUAUUUUUAUCAUUUAGCCGGAGAGAAAAUAAAAUGGAGGAGUUCGUGUUACUAAAUGGUUUCUCGGAAGAGAAAGCGACGUUUACCGAGGAAUAAUGUUUCAUAUUGAAGCUAUUUAUUUUGUAACAUCGGGAAUAUAAUGUUUCAAUUUUCCACCUUUCCACGUGUCACGCUCUUUGGUUGUUUCAAUUACACCCAAUGCACAAUGUACAAACCCAACCUACCGUGAUAUUAUGGGCGUGUACCAUUAAACCAUCAGGUUUUUCUUUUUGUAAGCACACAUCCUUUUGUACUCAAAAUGUGGUAAUACCCGAGCUCAUUUCUUUUAUGAUGUCUGAGUGGUACAAUAAAAAUGGUUAAACCUUUAGUGCAAGUGUGAAUAUAUAGUAUAUAUAUAUAAAUAUAUGUCAUUAGAACAAGUAGGCACAACAAAUGCUAUUGUCUUUGAUCUGAUGGAGUCACUCAGUAUAUGGAACUUCCUAGUUAAAACUACAAGCGCCACCGUUAUUUUAACCACCCAUGUCACGUUCUUUUUCUUCUUUCGAUUGUAUGCUGAUGGUAUGCAUGAGUUUUUCCUCAUCAGAUUUGUAUACACAAAUAUUUUAACUUUUCUAAAUUAAUAAAUAUUUUAAGCAAG